UUAGGACAUGAAUUAUUUACAAUAUUAAAGAACUUUCUACUGUUUUAAUAAGCUUAAAAUGUUAUGGAAUUUGAUAAGAUGAAUCGAUAUGAAAGUAAUCAGUAGUCAGAAAAUCUCAUUUGUAACAGUAUGUCAUUUGAUUAUUUUUUACGUAUUAUGUAAAGCGAAUGUAGCAACAGCAAUCGCCUGUUAUUCUUGUGUGUCAAUGAACAAAAGUAACCCACCAUGUGAGGAUCCAGUCAGUGCUCAUAUCACGAUUCAACGACCAUGUCGUCAAACGAUACCUGGACAUGAAGGUUUGUUUUAUGCCCACUACUGCACAAAAAUAAAGGGUAUUCGCCAGAAAGACGGUUCCAGUUUACUGAUACGGAGAUGUUCUAUGGAUAAACUAACCGACAUACCAACUCACUGUGGACAAUUUCAAUUAGAUGAUGACUUAUAUCACGGAUGCAUUGCGACUUGCUCCAAAGACUGGUGUAAUACUGGUGAUAGACCUUCAGUUUCUGUCACGAUGUUAACAUUCUGUUUGCUUACUUUAUCGUAUGCUGUGAUACUUUAGUUAAAUUAGCUAAUACAAACCUAAAUUAUUGCAGGUGGUGUGUGUAACGACAUUCUUAUUGCACCACGAUCAAACAAAACUUUGCAUUUAACAUAUCAUAUAAAUGUAACACUUAAUUUUGAAGUUUUAAUUCAUUCUGAACAGAUAUAAAAUAUGACCUUAAAAUCAAACUAUAUCUAAGUUGAAUUUAAAACAAAGUUAAUGCUUUUUUGUUAAACUUAUGAAGUAGUUCCUUUAACAGCACCAGAUAUCAUCUAGAUCAUGACUGAGUUCUUGAUUGUAAGCGACUUACCUACAGGACUGAAUCCCACAUACGGCAGUGUAUAUAACCCUAACAUUAACGGUUCAGAUCAUAUUUUGGUCAAAAUCACUGGUAAUUGGUCAUUGAGCUAUCAGUCAGCAUUGCGCGAAAUAGAAUCUGACAUAUGUGCAUUCGUCCAAACUACCACACCACAUUAGCACGAGAUGAAAUUACGAUAAAUCCUAGAAUAAUGUGUAAUACCAGUAGUAGUAGAUAAGAUCGGGCAUAGUCAAUACGAUUCGAGAAGGA